AUGUAACCCUUUAUUCCUUCUUUUUUAGUACUUGGAAACAGGAAAGAAGCCUAGUAGAGGAAUGAUGUACAUUGAAACACAUAAGAGAAAUGAUGGGUCUUUUGUAAAUAACGAGACAUUAACUAUAGUGGAACAGAUUGAGCUGAAUAUGACACAGUCGAAUGCACAAUUUGAGGUGUCCCCUAAUGAUGCUGUUGGUAAAGUUUUGGGGCCUGAACACUCUAGGAGAGUUCAUUGCAUGGGCAUGGGAGCAGCGCUUACAAAUACCUUUAAGAAUGUGAGAAGUCGGCUUAAUGGGAUGACUAUCUCCACUAAUUCAACUGGGUCUUCUUCACCUACUACUGCUGCAAUUUUACAGGAAAAGAUCAGUAAUUUGUAGUUCGACUUACAUAAUUCACAACAAAAGGUCACUAGUCUAGAGUCUAAGUUGCAGCAAUCAUUUGAUAUGAUGAAAGCAUACCUAAUGAUAAAGGAAGGAGAAAUUCCCGAAGCGCUUGUUGACUUCUUUUCUGCCCGAGAGGUAACUUUAUAGUAAAUUCAUUCAUUAGGAAUAUAAGUUUAGAUGGAGUAAUACUCAUUAAUAUUGAAUACAGGUUUAGAUGCUCUUUAAAAUUGAGUUGUUAGGCUUAUAUCGAAUCAUCUUGAUGCUUAACUUUAUUGAAAUUACUAAUAAU